AUGUCUGCCGACGUCUCCACGGCCCCUACUGUUGAGGACACCACCGCCAACGGCACUGCUGAUGCCAGUGCGAACGGCACCACCACGGUUGAGAGCACGACCGCCGAGAAUGCGACGUCUACUACUACCACUACUACCACUAGCACUACCACCACCACUCAGCCCCACUCGGCCUCCCUUUAUGUCGGCGAGCUGGACCCGUCCGUUACUGAGGCGAUGCUCUACGAGCUCUUCUCUUCCAUCGGACAGGUCGCUUCCAUCCGUGUCUGCCGCGACGCCGUCACCAGACGCUCUCUGGGCUACGCCUACGUCAACUACAACAACACUGCCGAUGGUGAACGCGCUCUCGAGGACCUGAACUACACUCUCAUCAAGGGCCGCCCGUGCCGAAUCAUGUGGUCGCAGCGUGAUCCCGCUCUGCGCAAGACUGGCCAGGGCAAUGUUUUCAUCAAGAACUUGGAUACUGCUAUCGACAACAAGGCUCUGCACGACACCUUUGCUGCUUUCGGUAACAUCCUGAGCUGCAAGGUUGCCCAGGAUGAGUAUGGAAACUCGAAGGGCUACGGCUUCGUCCACUACGAGACUGCCGAAGCCGCCAACAACGCCAUCAAGCACGUGAACGGAAUGUUGCUCAACGACAAGAAGGUCUACGUCGGCCACCACAUCUCCAAGAAGGAUCGCCAGAGCAAAUUCGAAGAGAUGAAGGCCAACUUCACCAAUGUUUACGUCAAGAACAUCGACCUCGAAGCCACCGACGAUGACUUCCGCGAGCUUUUUGGGAAAUACGGUGAGAUUACGUCCGCGACCAUUAGCCGCGACCCAGAGACUGGAAAGAGCCGUGGGUUCGGUUUCGUGAACUACUCGACUCACGACAGUGCUCAGAAAGCUGUCGACGAGAUGAACGACAAGGAGUGGCGGGGCCAGAAGCUUUACGUCGGUCGUGCCCAGAAGAAGCAUGAACGCGAGGAAGAACUGCGUAAGCAGUAUGAGGCCGCCCGCCUUGAGAAGCAAAACAAGUAUCAGGGUGUCAACCUCUAUGUGAAGAACCUCACCGAUGAUAUCGAUGAUGAGAAGCUGCGCGAGCUCUUCAGCCCCUUCGGUACUAUCACCUCUGCCAAGGUCAUGCGUGACACCAGCCACCUCGAGCGCCUCCAGCAGCAACAAGAGGCUGAGAAGAAGGAGGCUGAAAAGAAGGAGUCUGAAAAGAAAGAGGCCGAAAAGAAAGAGGGAGAGGAAGCUGGCAAGGAAGAAGCCAAGGACAAACAGGAAGACAAGGAGAAGGAUGGCAAGAAAGCCGACAAGGACAAGAAAGAGGCCGAGAAGAAGCCCCAGCCCCUUGGCAAGAGCAAGGGCUUUGGUUUCGUCUGCUUCUCUAGCCCCGAUGAAGCCUCCAAGGCGGUGACCGAGAUGAACCAGAGAAUGGUCAAUGGCAAGCCUCUUUAUGUUGCUCUGGCCCAGCGCAAGGAUGUUCGCAAGAGCCAGCUCGAGGCUAGCAUUCAGGCUCGUAACACCCUUAGACAGCAACAAGCAGCCGCGGCAGCUGGAAUGCCGCAGCCUUACAUGCAGCCUACUGUCUUCUACGGACCUGGACAGCAGGGUUUCCUUCCCGCCAACGCCGCUGGGCGUGGCAUGGCCUUCGCUCCUCAGCCCGGUAUGGUCAUGCCCGGUAUGCCGGGUGCACGACCUGGUCAAUACCCAGCCGCCUUCCCUGCCCAGCAAGGUGGUCGUGGCAUCGGCAACCCGAACCAGCAGAUUCCGCAGAACUUCGGCCAGAUCCCUAUGGGAGCCAUGCAGGGCGCCCCUGGAGCUAUGCCUAACGGUCUGGGCUAUCCUCAGAUGGCUCAGGCGCAGGCUUUCGGUCGUGGUGCUGGUGGUCGUGGACAAGUCCCUGGGGUUCAGGGUAUGCCACCAAACGUUCCCGGUAUGCGCGGUGGUCCAGGCUACGGUCAGGGCCGUGGCAACGUGCCUGUUCAGCAGGGUCACGUUCGUCCCGGCCAGGCUGGUCGCGGACAGAACGCUCCUGGCCCUGUUCCGGGUAGUGACGCCGCUCCUGGCGGUCUCACCCUGCAGGCUCUGACGGCGGCUCCUCCCGCUCAACAGAAGCAGAUGCUCGGAGAGGCUCUAUACCCGAAGGUCCAGGCCCAGCAGCCAGAGUUGGCCGGCAAGAUCACUGGCAUGCUGUUGGAGAUGGACAAUGCCGAGCUUCUUGGACUGCUUGACGAUGAGGCCGCUCUGCGCGCCAAGGUUGAGGAGGCUCUUAACGUUUACGACGAGUACAUGAAGAACAAGGGAGCAGAGGGCGAGGCCUCUGGCGAUGCCGCGAAGCAGAAGGAGGGUGCCAAGGAGGGUGCUACGGAGGAGUCGAAGUCGUAA